AUGUCUUCAAAUUUAGGGUUAGUUGAUGAUGAGUGUUCAUGGUGGUGGUAUGGUCACAACAAUAUUAGUGUUUACAUUACCCAAGUAGCAGCAGUAAGUAGUGGUACUGCUCUUUUGCUUGCUGUGCUUGUGGUUUGUUGGUGGGUUUCCAAGAGAUGGAACAAAGGAGGAGGGCCAACCUUACCACCAGGACCAAGAGGCUUGCCUUUAGUUGGUAACCUUCCAUUCCUAGAACCUGAUCUCCAUCGUUGCUUUGCCAAAUUAGCUCAAAUCUAUGGUCCCAUCAUGAAACUCCAAUUGGGUCCAAAACUAUGUGUGGUAUUGACUUCACCCUCUCUAGCUAGAGAAGUACUUAAAGUCCAUGAUGCUAUAUUCGCCAACCGCGAUCCACCACUUGUAGCGGCGACGAUGACUUACGGUGGGAUUGACAUUGUUUGGAGCCCUAAUGGUCCACAAUGGCGUAUGAUGCGUAGGGUAUUUGCUCAUGAAAUGAUGAGUAACAAAAGCCUUGAAGCUUGUUACAACCUUCGGCGACAAGAGGUUGUACAAAUGGUGAAAGAAGUGUAUACUAAAAUUGGUUCACCCAUUAACAUAGGUGAGGUUAUGUUCCUGACAAUGGCCAAUUUGAUUUUGAGCAUGUUGUGGGGUGGCACGUUACAAGGAGAUGAGAAGAGUAGCAUUGGGAGAGAGAUCCAAAAGGUGAUGCGUGAGACGAUUGAUCUCGCAGCGAAACCUAACAUUUCAGAUUUCUUUCCGAUACUGGCCUCAUUUGAUAUACAAGGGAUUGAAAGAAAAGCGAAGAAGUUGUUGUCGCGGAUGAAUCAUAUCAUUGAUCCAGUUAUAAAUCAACGGCUUGAUCAAAUGGAUCAAAAGGAAGAAGGAGAUCAGCAGGGAGCAGAUGAAAAGAAGGAAAGGAAGGAUUUUCUACAGUACCUCUUGGAGCUUAAGCAAAGAGAUGGCAAAGCAUCAUUAUUGACAAAGAUACAACUUAAGGUUUUGCUCCAGGAUAUAAUUGGAGCUGGAACAGAUACAACAUCGACUACAGUAGAGUGGGCAAUGGCAGAAAUGAUACAAUAUCCUGAGGUAAUGAGAAAAGCCCAAGACGAGUUGGAGCAAGUAGUUGGGAUGGACAACAUAGUUGAAGAGUCUCACUUGCCCAAAUUGUCUUAUUUAAAUGCGGUGGUGAAAGAGUCUCACAGGUUGCACCCGCCCCUCCCACUCAUGUUCUCUCAUUGCCCAAGUAUGUCUUGCACAAUAGGGGGUUAUACCAUCUUGAAAGGUACUAACGUAUUUGUAAAUGUGUGGGCAAUGCAUAGGGACCCUAAUGCAUGGGAGAGUCCCUUAACAUUCUUACCUGAGAGGUUCUUAAGUGAUAGUAACAACAACUAUGAUUACAAAGGAACCAACUUCAGUUAUCUUCCUUUCGGCUCUGGAAGGAGGAUGUGUGCAGGAGUUCCCUUGGCAGAAAAGAUGUCCCUAUAUGUCUUAGCUUCUCUUUUGCAUACCUUCAAGUGGAAAUUACCUGAUGGUGUCAAUCUUGAUCUCUCAGAGGAAUUUGGGAUUGUUUUGAAGAAAAAAACACCACUUGUUCUCACCCCAACUCCAAGAUUAUCCAAUGUAAAGCUCUACUCUUAA